CAGUUGCUGUGUGAAAAACAAUCAGUGAAUACAUAAAUUUAAUAACUGUCAAACGAUCACGUAUAAAAUGAAAAUGUAUAAAUUAGCAAAAUUGAGUGAAAUUUUGAGAUUCUAAAUUCCAUUCAAACAUUUCGGAAAAUGUUGUGAGUGACAGUAUUUGUUUUCCAUCAAUAUAUCCAGAGGAAUAUAUUAAAGAAACUAAAAUGUCUAGACCGAGGGAACGUGACGAACAAGAGGCACUUAAGUUAGAUGAACAAUUCAAGGAUUCCUUGGCCCGUGUCAGGCCUUACAUUCUGGCACUCACAGCACCGGAGGAUGUACAACUUUGUCGACUUUGGCUCGACAAGCUAAGUUAUGCAUCCACUCAGCGAGCACUUCGAAAUCAGUAUCUGAUAGAAUUAUGUCAUCAAGUAGAAUCUGGACAUGUAGGAGGCUUAUUUAGUCAACCCCCUCCUAAUGGGUCAUUACCUGCAUUGCACAUGUCAUAUCCCAUGGUGAAUGGAAGUUCUUCUUGGAGUGAACUAUCUGAUGCGAGCACAAUCCCAUAUUGUCAUUCUACAAAGCCUUACACAAGGAAUAUGCAAUGCCAAUUUGCCAGGAGUAAAACACCGACUCAUAAACGUGACACUGAUUCUACUAGUACAGGUCGUUGCGACCAUCUUACGAGAAGUAGACCAGGCUCUCGUUUUUAUGAGAGAGAGAGAAAAGGGGCAAAUCAAAUUGCUAUCUAUGAACAGAGAAUAGAGACUUUAACAACCAUUGUUAAAGAGCUACAGAUACAAAACGAACGUUUGAACCAAGAAUUGCUACGUUGCCAGGAUAAUUCCUCUGCAAAAGAAGUUGUGCACUUACAUUCUACUAUUAAACAAUUAUCAUCAGAGGUCUCAACAUUGAAGGCUAAAUUGGUAGCUGUACAAAAGAUCAAGGAUGCUUUAGAAGCAGACAAUCAAAUGAUUGAACAACGUAAACAAGAGAUGAUUCAUCAAAUUACACAUCUGAAUAACCAACUGCGAGAAUGUCAGCAUAAAAAUAUUGCAUUAGAAAAUAACGUUACUAUGCUGACUGAAAAAAUAGACAGAAUUAUUUGUACAAAGGAUGAGGAAGUGCGAACGAUUAAAUGUGAAUGUGCUGAACGCCUCGAAUCUUCCCAGCAGCAGCAUGAACAGCUGAUCAAAGAAAAAGAUGAGGAACUACAAACGAAAACCGAAACGUUACUCCAAAAAGAGGAAGAAUUGGCUUUAAUGGAGGCCGCUAGAAAAGCUGACAAUGAGAAACUUACGAAUGAAAUCAAAGAGCUAGAAAAAACGCUGGAGCAAAAGAAAGAUGAUGAGGAUAAAUUGAAGGCUAUUAUGUCAGAGCAAUGCUCGACAAUGCAGCAGGAAUUCGAUAAAAUGAAAUCUAAUUUGGAAUCAACAAGUCAAAAGCAGAAUCACAGCCUUCUGAAUAAAAUAGCAAGUUUGAGAAAGGGGAUGCACAAACUUGAAAAAUCUAGGGAAAGACUUGGUCACGAAUAUGAGAAGCGCAUCUAUCACAUUGUGAAGGAUAAAGAAAUGGAAAUCAAGGCACUGCAGCUGCAGCUUCAAGGUCAACGUAGUGAACUGUCGAUGUCUUUAAGUUCAGAAAAACAAUGUGAAUUGGAUACGUUAGUUGGCAGUUUAGAAGAACGUUACAGGUCUCUAUUAGCAGCUGCCGAUGCUAGUACGAGUAGUCAACGGCAAAACUACCUCAGGGCAUAAUAACAUGCUCUCCUGAUCUUCACAUUGGCUUAUCCGUUAUUAUAUCAACGGAAUAAUUCUUUAGAUCAUAGGCGCAAUAAAGACGGUUGAUAGGGAUCGCUAUCAGGUUAUAUUACAUGAAUUUUUCUCACCAAUUACUUGUCUCUGGAAUGUAAAUCGUCCUUGUCGUCUGGGAAUAUUCACAAGCACCAUUCAAUAAAUAAAAAUCAAUUGUCAUUAA